CCUUUUGUUUUUUCUUCAAUAUUUCACUUUCAAUUAACGAAAAACCGAAGCUGAGAGAGUGAGUGAGUGAGCUCGUUUUUCCAAAUCGAAGAAAUUAGGGUUUGUAAAAUCUCUCUUUAAGGCGUAAAAAGAUUUCUACUGGCAGGUCUGAAGUUUGAUCUCUGUUGUAUAUUGGACUGCUAAUGGGUGAAGAAGAAACAGCAGCUGAAGUUCAAGAGGUAGCAGCAAAUGGGAGUGCUGCACCAGAUAAGUCUGUUGAGGUUGUAACUGGGAAAAGGGAAGAGGAAAAUAUUGAAGUGAAAGCCAUGGAUGCAGAUAAAGUUGAUAAUGAGGAAGAAAUAGCAACUGAAGUUCAGGAGGUAGCAGAAAAUGGAAGUGCUGGAUCAGAUAAAUCUGUUGAAGUUGUAACUGGGAAUAAGGAAGAGGAAAAUAAUGAAGUGAAAGCCAUGGAUGCAGAUAAAGUUGAUAAUGAGGAAGAAACAGCAACUGAAGUUCAAGUGGUAGCAGUAAAUGGGGGUGCUGGACCAGAUAGAUCUGUUGAAGUUGUAACUGGGAAUAAGGAAGAGGAAAAUAAUGAAGUGAAAUCCAUGGAUGAAGAUAAAGUUGAUAAUGAGGAAGAAACAUCAACUGAAGUUCAAGAGGUAGCAGAAAAUGGGAGUGCUGGACCAGAUAAAUCUGUUGAAGUUGUAAUUGGGAAUAAGGAAGAGGAAAAUAAUGAAGUGAAAGCCAUGGAUGCAGAUAAAGUUGAUAAUGGGGAAAGUGGCACUGAGAAGAUGGAUGAAGACCCCAAGGUGAAUGAAGAAAAUGGAAACAACAUAGAAAAGAAAAAGGAAAAGGUAGAAGCAGAGAAAGAAAAAGAAAAGGAACAGGUGGAAGAGAAAGAGAAGGAAGAGGUAGAAGCAGAGGAAGAAAAAGAAAAGGAACCGGUGGAAGAGAAAAAAGAGGUAGAAGCUGAGGAAGAAAAAGAACAGGAACCGGUGGAACAGAAAGCGAAGGAAAAGGAGGAAGUAGAAAAGGAACAGGUAGAAGAGGAAAAAAAGGAAAAGGAAACGGUAGAAGCAGAGGAAGAAAAAGAAAUGGAAUUAGUGGAAGAGAAAGAAAAGGAAAAGGAAGAGGUAGAAGCAGUGCAAGAAAAAGAAAUGGAAUUGGUGAAAGAGAAAGAAAAGGAAGAGGUAGAAGCAGAGGAAGACAAAGAAAUGGAAUUGGUGGAAGAGAAAGAAAAGGAGAAGGAAGAGGUAGAAGCAGAUGAAGAAAAAGAAAUGGAAUUGGUGGAAGAGAAAGAAAAAGAGAAGGAAGAGGUAGACGUAGAUGAAGAAAAAGAAACGGAAUUGGUGGAAGAGAAGGAAGAGGUAGAAGCAGAGGAGGAAAAAGAAUUGGUAGAAGAGAAAGAAAAGGAGAAGAAAGAGGUGGAAGUUGAGGAAGAAAAAGAAAUGAAUUUGGCGAAAGAGAAAGAAAAGGAAACGGAAGAGGUAGGAGCAGAAGAAGAAGAAAAAGAAACGGAACAAGCAGAAGAGAAUGAAAAGGAAGAGGUAGAAGAGCAAGAAAAAGAAUAUGUGGAAGAAGAAGUCAAAGAAAAGGAAGAGCCUGAAGAAGAAGAAAAGAAGGAAACUCAAACUGAAGCAGUUGAUGAAGCGACUGGCUCAAAGGAAGAUACAGAGAUUGAAGAAAAGGACGACUCUGAAGAAGACUUGGAAGAGCAAGAAAAAGAAUAUGUGGAAGAAGAAGUCAAAGAAAAGGAAGAGCCUGAAGAAGAAGAAAAGAAAGAAACUCAAACUGAAGCAGUUGAUGAAGCGACUGGCUCAAAGGAAGAUACAGAGAUUGAAGAAAAGGACGACUCUGAAGAAGACUUGGAAGAGGAGGUUGAUGGAUCCGAGGAGAAAGGUGAGAAGGCAAAAGGAAGCAAAGAGAAGGGGCGGAAUGGAAACAAGAAACGAAAGAGACGUGGGUCCAAAACUGAAAAGAAGAAGAAGGUGGUGGAAGCAAAGAAGGAUCUAGAGCCAAGGACCCCUACCACUAAUAGACCGCAGCGUGAGAGAAAAUCGGUUGAAAGGCUGGUAGCGACUAUUGACAAAGAUGCUGCUAAAGAAUUCCACAUCGAGAAGGGCAGUGGUACGCCUCUAAAAGAUAUUCCUAACGUUGCAUUUAAGUUAUCCAGAAAAAAGAAUGAUGAUAACGUCAGGCUGCUUCAUACAAUUCUUUAUGGAAGAAGGGGGAAGGCUGUUGAGUUCAAGAGCAAUGUAUCUCGCUUUUCUGGAUUUGUUUGGCGUGAAAAUGAGGAGAAGCAAAAGAGUAAAGUGAGAGAGAAAUUUGACAAGUGUAACAAAGAGAAACUAUUGGAAUUCUGUGAUGUGUUUGAUAUAUCAAUUGCCAAGACUACCACCAAGAAGGAAGAUAUUGUUGCAAAACUGAUAGACUUUUUGGUGGCCCCUCAUCCUACGACUACUGCACUACUUGCAGAAAGAGAGAAGGCAAGUAAAAGCAAAAAGCGGAAGAGGGCAACCAAAAGCUCGGCCUCUGGGAACGCAUCUUCAAAACGCUCAUCAAAGAGUCGGAAACGCUCUGAGGGUUCCUCAAAAACAACUGAUUCAGAAGAUGAGACGGAAGAAGAAAAGGAAGAGGAUGAUGAUGAAGAAAAAGAAGAUAUGGUAGAAGAGGAAAACGGAAAUGGCGUUGCAGAAGAAUCUGAUGCUGAGAUGUCCGAACAGUCCGAAAAAGAAAAAACUGAGUCUGAACAAGAAUCUGAAGAAGAUACUGCUAAACGCAAGAGAUCAAAAACUUCCUCCAUAAAGAAGGCAUCUGCUGAAAAAGCCAAUACCAAGAAGAGUGUAAUUAUUUCCAGUAAAUCCAGCCCUCCACCAAAAAUAGCAGUUAAAAAAUCUUCAUCAAAACGCUCUGAAGCUGAUGAUGACAGUGAUGCUAGUCCGAAAGUUUUUUCAAGGAAGAAGAAAAUUGGAAAACCAGUGAAGGAAAAGUCAUCCCCUCCUAAAAAGUCGCCUGCCAAGGAGAGAACGCGUAAAAAGGCUACAAAAGGUAAGGAAAAGGUUAAAGUGAAAGACGAGGAACUGAAGCCAUCUAAUGAUGAUCUUAGAGAUGCCAUUUGUGAAAUUCUCAAGGAGGUCGACUUCAAUACGGCUACGUUCACCGACAUUCUAAAGCAACUUGUUAAGCAAUUUAAUGCCGAUCUCAUGUCAAGAAAGUCGUCCAUUAAACUAAUCAUUCAAGAUGAGCUCACCAAAUUAGCUGAUGCGGCUGAGGAUGAAGAUGGAGAAGAUGAUGCUGACAAGGAUGAAAUUCAGCUUUCACAUCAAGAGGUUGAAGCCUGAAGCCUGAAACCUGUAUAAUUAUUAUUGCAAGAAAACUGUGCAGUUAUUUAAGAAUUAUCAACCGAGUUUUUACGUAGCUUUUGCUUACAUAUAUAACUGUUUAGUCUGUCCAUAUAAUUAACUGUUGGUGUUAAAUUCGCUGGCAGGGCAAAACUAGUUUUCAUUAUCUUGUUUUUGGGGUUACAGAAGCUAGUAUUUAUUAGGAAUUGUAUUGCUGGAUAGCUAAUACUGUGUAUGUACGCCUUAACUUCAUAUGUAGAGAACUUUUUGCCCCUGUA